AUGUUCCAGGUUACUCCCACAGAUUCGCUUUUAGUACAUGUUAAUAAGACUACUUGCUUAAACAUUAAAGGAGAUAAUUAAACUAAACAAUGUUAUUAAGAUGUUGGAGGCAAGUGUAAAAUGAAAGAUUGCACUGAUAAUACUGAUAGUUAAGCUCACUCAGAUUGCAAUGCAUUAUUACCAGAAUUAAUGUGCUAAAAAGGGAACUGGAUGUAUACCUAAGACCUCAUUAUGGUAGCAUAUUCAGGAGCAACUGAUGAUUGUUUACCAUUUACUACAAAUACAGGAUCAGAUAUAUGCACAAGAUCAGAAACCUGUGUAUCAAAAACUACUACAUGCAGUUUAAAUCCAGAAGCAACUGGAAUAAAAAUUGCUUAUUAUAUCAUGCUGAUUAUAGAUUUAAAUUUGGAAACACUGAUUGUAACUAUAUAUUGACUGGUCCUAAGGACAAUCUUAAGUAGACAUAGUUGAAAUUCAGUUACAACAUACUCAGCUGGUUAUGUAGUUAUAAUAUAGGUGUAACAGGUACAUGUUCUGUUGUAGCAUGCAAUCUAUGAGUAAGUGGAUUGACUAAUAUUUCAUGUGAAAAUUACAAUGGAAAAGCUUCAUGUAAAUUAAAAGCUACUGUAUAUUAUGUUCCUUUAGCCUUAUGUGCUUCAUACACAAUACGAAUGGUACAACAGAUAAAUUAGCAUGGUGUAUCAUUUAUCUUACCAUACUGUAAUUGCAAUAAAAGAUUGGAUGAUGGAUUAUGCUAAUUUGCAAAUAACAAAUGUAUUACUACUAGAACAGCAUGUAUCGGUUAUUCAUUAACUGAAAUUACAUCAGGUUAAGCUACCUAUUGUUCUGACUUGAGAUCAGGUAAUUCUGGAACCGUUAAACAAUUUGCAAAUAUUUCAGCAACAUCUCCAACUAAUUGUUUUAAUGCAGUUGUAUUAAUUAUUCCUUCAUAUAAUGAUCCAGCUGUUAUCGAUGUUGAAGCUAGUAAUACAAUUUCAUCACCUACAUCAGAAGAAGAUUUUAAUUAGGAACUGGAAGUUGUAAAUAGUAUUCAGAAGCAUGUUAUGCUAGAGUUGUAUAUGCAAGUUAUACUAUUCCUUCUUUAUAAUCUGGAGAUGAUAAGUAAUACUUUUGUUAGAAUAUAUUUGAUGAUUCAGAAUAUACUUACCUGUGCUGUUGGCAAAACUGCUUGUACUGAAUAUAGUGGUUCAAGGUAGUUCAUGAUUUUGCUAACUAACAAUUCUCAUACACAAUUUUCAUUAAUAUUAAUAGUAUAAAUUUCAGAUCAUUUAGAAUGA